CAGAUGUUCACAUCUGGGCAUACCUGUAUGCUUACUUUAACAUCUUCUCCACCAAUUGCAUCAAAUCAAAAAUACCAGACAAUUUAUCUUCUGUCUGUAAAAAAUACCAACAUAUUCAUGGAAUUACUCGGUUUACUUUCAGGCUAAUUUUGCGAAACGAAGAUUCACUGUUAAUUAAAUAAGUCUUUAAAGAUCCUUUGGUUCUUUGAUCUGUGGAGUUCUGAACCUCUGAUCAAGGAUCACUACUGUUAGCGUCGGUCCCUUCUGAGACGAGAAGGCAAAAAGAGUCAACUAACUCAAAUAUAGAAUCUAUUAACUAGCAGAAGCAAUACAAUUACAAAGUUAAGAACAGGAUGAAUGGUAUAAUAUUUUGUGAAAUGGAGCUGGUUCCAAAAUAAUUCUACCAGCCCUUCCCCUGUCUUUGUCCUUCAAAAACUGCUCCAAGGUAUUUAUGACUCCCUCCUGGCUCCAUCUGAUGGUCGAAUCUGAAAUCCCUGACUGACCGAUCCCUGUUCAAUUAUUACCACAGUACAUUCAAUGAUCACACCUAAGGCUAAAAGCUUCUUCAUGUAAACAUGACGAAACAUGCUUAAUAUCAUCUAAUAGCUAGUACACUUUAACAAAAACACAUCCUAAAUCAUCACAGUUCAUCACGUUAACUAUAAUGUGUAACAGUUUAUAUGGUCCAAAAUCAAAAUAUUUGCCUUGCAGGGCUUUCCUACAUCCUUUGCCCAUAAACAACCUGACAGGAGACUAAAACCUCCACAAAACCAUCUUUGGGGAGAAAAUGUGAAAGAAAUCCAAACUAAAGAUGUCCUCCCAAGUCCGCCUGAGGCUGCUGCCGAGAGCCAGAUGCAUGUUCGACGAGCCCGUCCAGGUGAAGGUGGCCGGUCUCAGGUCGAGACAGAUGGUCACCCUGAGAGCCAGAUCCACUGACGAGAAGGGAGUGGUGUUCAGCUCCUCGGCCACCUUCAGGGCUGAUGGGAGCGGGCAGAUCGACCUGGAGAGGGACCCCUCCCUCGGUGGGACCUACACCGGCGUUGAACCCAUGGGUCUGCUUUGGUCCAUGAGGACGGACGCUUUGCACAUGAAGUUCCAAAGAACUAAGUCUCUUAACCCCCACGUGGUGAAGAUCUCAGUGCACGAGGAGGAGGAGGAGGAGGAGCGAGACGAGGAGGGCAGGAUGCUGGCAGAAUCAACCAAUGAGAGGCUGCUGAUCGGAGACGGGGUCAUCCGGCGCACAGUCAGAGAGGGGAAUAUUCGUGGGGUCCUUUUUACCCCCGCAGGAGAAGGUCCGUUCCCCGCUGUGUUGGAUCUCUACACCGGUGGAGGUUUGUCAGAAAAAAGGCCCUCCCUGCUGGCCAGCCGAGGGUUUGUGGUUCUGACUGUAGCGCUGUACGGUCACAGCGACAUGCCGAGAAACAUUAGAGAGGUCCAUCUGGAUUAUUUAGAAGAGGCAGUGGAGUUUUUGAAAAAACAAUAUAAGGUUGGCGGUAAAGGAGUUGGUGUGAUAUCCCUUUCAAAAAGUGGAGAUCUGGCACUGUCGAUGGCCUCUUACCUGCAAGGUGUCGAGGCCGUAGUGUGGAUCAACGGCUGCUCCGCCAACACGAUUCUUCCUCUCUACUAUAAGAAGAGCCAGAUCCUCCCUGCGUUAAUGGUUGACCUCAGCAAGCUGAUUCCCACUGAGUCAGAGGCCUUCAAUACCAAGAAGGUUAUGAACGACCCUCGUGCAGAGGAGAACGAGGCCACCCUGAUCCCUGUGGAGCGGGCGGAGGGACGUCUCCUCUUCGUGGCCGCAGAGGACGACCUCAACUGGGACAGCAAGGCUUAUGUGGACAUGAUGGUGGAGCGACUGCAGCGUCACGGGAAGGACAACUUUGAGAUUGUGUGUUACCCCGGAGCGGGACACUAUCUAGAGCCCCCUUACGGACCCUACUGCCCCUCCAGUUUUCAUUCAGUUGUAGGCGGGCCGGUCCUGUGGGGGGGCGAGGCCAGGUCCCACGCUGCAGCUGAGGUCCACCUGUGGAAGAAGAUCCAGGAGUUCUUCAGGACUCACCUGAUCUGUGACGCAGACUAAAGCUAAACUCUAGAAGCAAAUAUCACGAUGUGAGAGAGAUGGGUAACACCUGAGGGGGGGUUACAACUGCAAUCAAAUAAAACAAGCAAAUAAUAAAACUACCGAAAAAUAUAAA